AUGGACAAGACUCCAUUUGAACAAGUGGCAAUUUCGUGUACGAUGUACAAUGCAAACCGAGUGCAGAAGGACUACCGCAAACUGUCGAAGGCUGAGCGUCGCAAGCGAAGGCGAGCAACUCCAAAGUAUCGAAACCUCCAUGCAACAAGAGAACGGAUAAGAGUCGAAUCGUUUAACAUGGCUUUCGCGCAACUUCGCUCCUUGCUGCCGACGUUACCUGUGGAGAAGAAGCUGUCAAAAAUUGAGAUCCUUCGGUUGUCUAUUUCUUACAUUAGUUUCCUUAGUAAAUUGCUCUCUUUUGAAUAA